CAAGAGUGGAAGAUUAGUCCAAAAGCCACGAACUCGCAUAUUAGGCGAGCGCUUUCUCGUUUCCACGUUAGUUGAGCUCUGAAGUUCCUUCCAGGCAGUUGCGGUAACGAAAUCAGCUCAGAAAGAACAACGACGACGACGGGGACAGGGUUGCUGCUAACAAGAGAGAAAAGGAUUAAGAGUGGUUUUCUAGUUGAAUCUUUUUAAUCAUCAUCAUCCUUCUCGGCAGGACUUACAAUUGUCCUUCCCUAAUCGUCGGACAAUUUAAGUUGGUGACCAUUUAAGUCGGCUAAUUAGCACGAAACGUACAGCAGAAAAUCAGGACAAAACAAAGGCAUUUUAAGUAACUGCACCGCACUCUUUCUAAAGAGACAGUGGUGCGAGGACGGAACGCGACGCUAUACAGAGUGUUAGUAUUGUUGUGGUGGAAUUAUACAUACCGAAGUAGCUUGCGUAGGAGUAAAGAGGAGAGAACAUUAUCGUCACCAUCUUGGUUGGAUGCAAAUCAGAAGACAAAGAAUGCAUGGAACAGUUGUGAAAGUUGGUUGGAUAAUUUUAGGGAUUAUUUUGGAAGGGUUUGUGGUGGAGGGAUUAUGGUGCGACAGAGCUCCGCAUAGUGUUGGCGUGCCCAAGACUUCGGGUGACAAUGGGUUUAGAGUCGUGAUCAGUGGUGACCCAGAGAAGCCGGAUAAAUAUAUUCCAGGGGCUGUCUACACAGUUCGACUCCAAGGGCCUGGGAGCCAGUUUAGCGUGGAAAAAUUCACAGGUUUCCUACUAGUUGCCGAACCAACAGAUGGACUUUCACCGGAGAGUUCGGCAGGAAAUUUCCAGUUGACAAAGAGCGACUCCUUCGCGAGAUUCAGUGAGUAUUGUCCUCAUGCUGUAAAACACGCGUCUGAAGUUCCAAAGUCGGAGGUCCAAGUACAAUGGAUUGCACCCGCGGUGGCCACAGGAUGUGUGAGUUUCAGAGCUACCAUAAUAAAGAACAAAGGACAAUGGUUUAUGGACGAUGGAGAGCUUACAAAACAGCUUUGUCCCGAAACCGAGGUCGGAGAAGAAGAAAAUGAAGACACGGAACCUUGCUGUGCUUGUGACGAGGCGAAAUAUGAGUUGACGUUCGAGGGAUUAUGGUCACCUUUAACGCACCCAAAGGAAUUUCCCGCUGACGCCUGGAGUGCCCACUUCAGUGACAUCGUUGGAGCCUCACACUCGCCAACUUUCAAGUUCUGGCAGCAGAAUGAACCAGCAUCCGAAGGGUUGAGGCAACUUGCCGAGGCUGGAGAUUCCAAGGACUUGGAGAGAGAACUUAAAGAUGAGAGUGCACAUAUUCGAACCAUUAUAAAAGCCAGAGGAUUGAGACACCCCAAUUUCUACGGGCACAAAACAUUCGCCGUAUUUCGGGCAGACCGAGACCAUAAUUUGGUUUCUCUUGUUUCUAAAAUCGCCCCGUCUCCCGACUGGUUUGUUGGGGUGGCUGCGUUAAACCUCUGCCUGAGAAAUUGUAGCUGGACCGACUCAAAAAUAAUUCCUUUGUAUCCGUGGGACGCUGGGACGGACAGUGGGAUCUCGUAUUUGGCGGAAAAGAACCCAACGAUUCCACGGGAGCGAAUCAGUCGCAUUGUGUGGAAUCCAAGACCAGAGUCCCCAUUCUACGAUCCCAGUGGAAAUAUGGUUAAGCCCUUUGCAAAAUUGAGGAUCCAAAAGCAACGCUCUUAUGAACGAACUUGUGACGAGGAUGCACGUCGCGCUGGACCAAACUACUCGCAAGAUUGGGACGAGGACGAGGACUCGUUCGAAGACCGGCCCGAGUGUGCCGUAACCCAGUGGAUUGAGACUCCUUGCUCUGCAACUUGUGGAAAAGGCGUGCUACAUCGAAAAAGACAAUUCUUGGACCUCAAAGCCAAAGAAUUGGGCUGCAGCCGAAAGCUCACCCAGUCCGUGGCAUGUGAUUCACAUGUCCCUUGCGCUAGUGUCCACUCAUCUGGCUCGAAUUACAAUGGCAACACAUACCGUACUUCCGGAGGUCACUAUGGUGGUGGUGGUGGCAGUAAUAAUGGGAAUUUUGGUGGUGGUUCCACCCCAGGUGGGUCACAAGUAGGAAGAGAUGAUCCUUGUGCAACUACGAAAUGGAGACCGUGGGGAACUUGCUCGAAAACCUGUGGUCAAGGGAUUCACAGAAGACGAAGGGAGUUUGUCAACCCUGGGCUGGCAGAAACUUACAACUGUAAUAAAAAUGUGUUGGUUGAAAAUGAACAAUGUUUCGGAUCUUCGAGAAACUGCAAUGAACCGGAGCAGAUAAUACCAGGUUGUGAGACAACGGAUUGGGGAGAUUGGGAAGCAUGUUCUGCCACCGUUUGUGGAAACGGGAUGAGACAGCGUCAUCGGAUGUACGCCGUACCCGCAAGAUCUUACACAAUCGGAUGCAACGCAAGUCUGAUGGAGAGUGAGGCAUGUAGCGGACUUUUACCCGAUUGUGAUCCCUCCAGAGUACAAGAAAUUUGCAUGUUGCCCAGAGAUCCCGGCUCUUGCGAUGGAAGUUAUAGCCGAUGGUAUUUCGACUCUCAAAGCAAAACUUGCAGCAAAUUUAAGUACUCGGGAUGUCAAGGGAAUGCCAACAUGUUUGAUAAGGAAGACGAAUGUGAGAAAACAUGCGGUUCUUUGAAAGAAGACGCUUUUUCCGAGCCGAUGAUGAGACAUCAAUCAUACCACGGCAAUGCUGGAUACCGAAGUGUCAACAACCUCCAGUCCAGCGGUAACAGUAUCAACCCCAACGUGUACAACCCUUUCUCAUCGAACCAGUACCCUCUCCAUGAACACAUCAUGUCAGCCACCAUUUCCUCUCAAUCUCCGUUCAACGACGGGCCGGUCAGCGAUUGUGACGUGAGCGAGUGGGGUGCUUGGAGCGGAUGCAGUGUGAGCUGUGGUCGCGGACACAAAUACAGAACUCGCUACAUUAAGAGGUUUCCCGAAAACGGGGGUGCUCCCUGUCCCAAGUUGGAGCACAGGAGAAAGUGCAAAGGAAUGUCGUGUCCGCAGAACCACCAGCCAUACUCUUAUCAGCAGUAUGGAGGAGCUUCGUCAUCCACGGAUGGACAUGGAUAUUAUGACGGAUACAUUCAUUGAAAGUGAAACAAUAUGUGGAGCACACACUAGAAAGUAUUGAUAAUAAUAUGAUAAUGGGACGACGACGUUGUGUGUCAGAGAGAACAGUGAAAGAAGGAAUUGCUGUGUGCAAUGCAUGACUGUUUGCACAUAAUAUUCAUAUAACAAAGGUGUUUCACGUGCACAUUUACGAGAUAAAGGCCACAGGCAUCUGAGUACACUUUCAGUUUCGUAAUAUAUGUAUGUAAAACUAUUAUAUGUGUGUUUCAUUGGAUGAUAAGUAUGUAGAUGUGUCUUUUUGAACUUGUUAGAGUAGUAAGUACGUUUAUGCGAGAUAUUAUUAAAUGUGUUGUACCCAGGAGGAUUCGUCACCAGUUGAUAGUUCUUUAUGAUGUUGGUUUGUUCCUUUAUGAGUUACACAAUUCACUACUUUUACUACAAAGCUUUUACCUAAAUGUUUUAGUGAGUUAGAGUUUCAUCGUAAAAAUGGGAACCUGAACGUGCUUGUCUAUCGCUACAUCAGAUUUUAAGUUUAAGAUACUUAUAUUCAGAAAAUAUUUGGGUGGCUAUAAACAUAAACAGCCCACAUUACGUCAGUGCUAAGUAUUCAUAAGGACAAGAAAAUAUAAAUGUUUUACUUUUAAUUUUGAGCUUCUUCACUAUUAAUAUGAAUAUUACUCUAUUGUUGUACUAAAAAAACAGAAAAAGUUAAUAUGCCAAAUGGCUAACUCGGUGUCAUAUCAUGUAAUAAAUUGGAUGUGUACCUAUAAAUAUA